CGACUUCCUUUUUCUUGCGUCUGUCAAUUGGAACGCAACUUGCACGUGAAUUCUCUAAGGGAACACCACUGAAAUAACACAAAAAACAUGGACAAACCAGUUGUUUGGGCUCGCGUCAUGAAAGUGCUUGGCCGCACCGGCUCCCAGGGCCAGUGUACACAGGUCAAGGUGGAGUUCCUUGGCGAACAGAACCGCCAAAUCAUCCGCAACGUUAAGGGACCCGUGCGUGAAGGUGAUAUUCUGACACUGCUGGAAUCCGAACGUGAAGCCAGAAGAUUACGCUAAGAGCUGCUGUCACUCGCUUGGAAUUUGUUUACAAUUGAUACUUGUGGCCUGCGAUGGACAACAACAAUCAAAACAUGGCAGACAACAAUAAAACGUUUAAAAAAUGUGUUCAAUAAAUUUCAAGUAUAGCAGUGCAUAAAUAACAACUACUUGCAAGCUA